CCUCGCUCGUCUUCUCGACUUCGAGGCUGCGGUGACAGCACCUUAUCGUCCCGACUCUCAAUGUCGCUCCCUAAUCCCGCUGAGAUCGCUAAAGACCGAGCAUCCAAAGACCGUCAGAUAUCUUCCCUCGAGGCCGACCCAAAAUUCGACCUAGCCCUCCCUCCAGAGCUCAUCUCCCUCAUCUUCAUCUUCUACGCCUCCUCCACAAUCCCUGGCAGCAAAGCCUUCACCGACCUCCUCUGCCUCAGCCGCGCUAUCCACGACGAGAACGUCAAUAGGGCCUAUGAUAGAAUCACACUGACGAAAGACAAUGCGCUGGCGUUCUUCCGGCCUUGGAUCGAAUGGGCGGUAAAGGUGAAAAAGAAUGCCAGCUCGAAUGGUCGGUCCAUAAAGAGCCAAAUGCGUCUGGAUACCACCACUAUCUAUCCGCGAGCAUGGAUGGGGUAUGCGGAGAACUUCGAUCGAAAAAGGUCCAUCACCUUUGCCGACACGCGUGCCCUUCUCGAGACAUGUCAAUUCAAGAAUGAAAAGGGGUCGGGGCCGUUCGGAGUGUUUUCCUACCCUUCUGAAGAAGAGUUUAGAAAAUCCCCUUUUUACCUGUUGAACAACCUCCACCACGUCGCCUUCCCAUCCUCUUUCUUCAUAUCAACAUCGACAUCACAGCUUUAUCAGAUAGCUUGGGAAAAGUAUAGGCGUUGGAAAAUGUAUGAGACUUCUUACGUCAGGGCUCAACAUGUCUGCAUUGAGUUGCCUCUGGGUCCACUCCCCCAGGUGGCGUUUGAUGGACUGAACGACAUGCUCAAGAAUACCAUGGCCAAUCUCAAGAAGUUGACCGUGCAUAAUUGCUCGGUCACCUCUGAUCUUCCCUUGUUGUCCAUCGAUCCCACAGUGACCUUCGAGAUCUUCAUGAAGAGUCCCAGAGAUACUGGCAUGGAUGAAGCGCAUGUAGAUGCCUUAGAAAUCGCACAGCAGGAUGGACUCGUCGAUCGUAUUGUGGAUAUAUUCAGCUACGAGUAAGUACGCCACUGGUCUCGUUCAAACAAGCAGCUGAUUUGGCGAUAGCAAGAACUUACCCAGCUGUAUCGUCCAUCAUUCACAGCCACACGGUCGCGAUCCUGUCUCCAACAUCAUUCAAGGUCUCGAAGAUGAAGAUCUGGACGAUGAUGUUCUGGGCCAAAUCAGGGACGAGAAGAUGUCGAUUUUCACCAACGAGGAUUGCGUGGCCCAUGAGAAGGUGGUGUGUCUGUGUGGACUCGAGAAAUGCCGAUAGGAGGAGACUAGAGUGAUGACGAGGUGAGCGAAGGGCUGGCGGAGAGACUUAUCGACGGUGGUGGUGUGACAUUGCGUUACGAUAUUGGAAUGAAUCACAAGUACAUGU